ACAUUAUUUUACCGAGGGGAGUAACUUGAAGAGAAUCAAAUACAUACCUAAAAUUGCCAGAAAUAUGAUUUAGUGGAUUGGUAUUGAAUUUGAAGCCAUCCGACGGCCGCGAUGGGUUUGCUCGCAAAACCCAUCGAAUAUUGAUGAAACCUAAACCCUAUUCCCUUCCCCUUCUCAACCGAUACUUUUCCGUGCAAUCUCCUUCUCUCAUGGCUCAAACCCCAGCUUGUCUCGAUGCAGAACAACUUCACGACGACCACCAUCAGCAGCACUUGGGUUUUCCGGCCGGGAGUCUAAGCGGAGAGUCUCGAGCGGAACGGGCUUGGGCUCACUGGGCCAAGUUGGGCCGACCCAGACUCAUAGUGGCCCCGAUGGUUGACAAUUCGGAGUUGCCGUUUCGAAUGCUGUGUCGCAAGUACGGUGCCCAGGGCGCCUACACCCCUAUGCUCCAUUCCCGCAUCUUCUCCGAGACCGAAAAGUACAGGAACGAAGAAUUCACCACUUGCAAGGAGGAUCGACCGCUCUUUGUUCAAUUCUGUGCCAACGACCCUGAUGUUUUGUUGGAAGCUGCACGCAAGGUCGAGCCUCAUUGUGAUUAUGUUGAUAUUAAUCUUGGGUGUCCGCAGCGCAUUGCUAAACGGGGAAACUAUGGUGCAUUUUUGAUGGAUAACCUUCCUCUUGUAAAAUCUCUAGUGGAAAAAUUAGCUGUAAACCUCCAGGUUCCUGUUUCAUGCAAAAUUAGGCUCUUUCCCAAUUUAGAAGACACUUUGAAGUAUGCUAGGAUGCUUGAAGAGGCUGGUUGCAUGCUUUUAGCUGUUCAUGGCAGGACCAGAGAUGAGAAGGAUGGGAAGAAAUUUCGAGCAGACUGGAAAGCUAUCAGGGCUGUAAAAAAUGCAGUCAGGAUCCCAGUCCUUGCAAAUGGGAACAUACGGCAUAUGGAUGAUGUUAGAGACUGCUUGGAAGAGACGGAGGUUGAAGGGGUACUUUCUGCUGAGACCCUGCUUGAAAAUCCUGCCCUCUUUGCUGGAUUUCGAACUGCCGAAUGGGUGUCUGAAAGUGAAGGAACCAGUGUGGAUGGAAAACUAGACCAGGCAGAUCUGCUAAUAGAGUACUUGAAACUUUGUGAAAAGUAUCCUGUGCCAUGGAGAAUGAUUCGUUCUCAUGUUCAUAAAUUGUUGGGAGGCUGGUUCAGCCUUCAGCCUCACAUCAGGGAGGAGCUAAACAAGCAAUCUAAACUGACUUUUGAAUUUCUUUAUGACAUGGUAGAUCGACUUAGGGAUACAGGUACAAGGAUCCCACUUUACAAAGAGACCCGAGCAGAACUUACAUCGGACAGUUACUCAGAUUGACACGGCUGCACACCAACAUUUGGAGCUCGAAAUUGAGCAAAACCUCAAUGAAAAUAUCUUAUGUGGUAUGAGGCCAGGCUAAGGUAGCAUGAUUACGCACGACUUACAUACAAUUUUGUUGUGAUUAAUUAGGAGUAAGAAUGGUUAAAAUAUCCGUUUUCUUAUUUCUUUUGUUGUAUUUGUCUUCAUUCUUAUGGCAAUUGCCAAUUGACAGUGUUGUACCCUAUUAAAACGCUGAUGCUUGAUCAGAGCGGAUUAAUUUUACGUGAUUGUCUUGAACGUUUCGUAAGUUA